AUGCAAAACAAUAUUCCUGAAGGUUCAAUUUUGAAACUUGUUGCUGAUGUUAAAACAAGAUGGAAUUCGGCCUUUUUCAUGUUGGAGCGCUUCUUACAUUUGAGAAGAGUGAUAUCUGAAAUCGUAAUCGAAAGUGUUUCAGCACCCGACAUGCCAACUGCUGUAGAGAUGGAAACACUCAACCAACUUACAGCUUUAUUAAAGCCUUUUGAAUACGUCACAAGAGAAGCAUCUGGACAAAAGUAUGUCACGAUAUCCAAAAUUAUACCAAUGAUUAAUUGUUUGUCAACCAAACUUAAUAGUAUCACACCAGUCUUACCAAUUGUAAAAGAAUGCAAGGAAGUUUUAUUGAGAGAGCUGACGAAAAGGUAUGGAUUAAUUGAAUGCAAUGACCAUGCAGCCAUUGCUACUUUAUUGGAUCCAAGGUUUAAAAACCUGCAUUUUCAAGAUCCAGCAGCAUGCGGGCAAGCCAUACAAAAACUCAAAAGUAUGAUUUAUGAGCAACAAAGUAGUCCAAGUUCGGAGGAAGAUGCUUCGUCUAGUGUAACACAGGAAUAUGACUUUUGGAAAUAUCAUAAAGAGCUAGUGCAUGGUCACAAAAAGAAACAGAAAACGCACCAAAGUGAUGAAAUAUCUCUUUAUUUAUCAAACCCUGUAAUAUCUUUGAAGAACAACUCAUUUGCAGAAGACAUGAAAGUCAUUUUUCCUCGUUUGUACAAAUAUGCUCAACAAUAUCUUAUCGUCGUUGCAACAUCUGUGCCUAGUGAAUGCUUAUUUUCAAAAGCUGGUGCAACUAUGACUCAAAACAGAAAUAAGUUGUCUCCUAAAUAUUUAGAGCAAUUGCUCUUUUUGGGAAAUCUUUCAAAAGAUGACUUUUUUGUUUAA